UUGCCAUUGCCGUCGCCUCAGGCGAACCCAUGUUUAGAACCCACAAAAAAAAAAUCGAGCGUUAUCAACUUUGAAUACUCAGUCGAGCGAUUAUGAUCAGAACGAUUCGGGGUUGGAGAAAUGGCUCCGCUGAUUUUGGAUUCCUAAGGAAUCGGAUUAGGUCAGUACGGGCAUUAAGCUCAGCGGUAAUUGAUAUGGCCGAUAGAGAUGGAGAGUUGAGGGUUUUUGUAGUCGCCGGAGAAGUCUCAGGUGACAACAUUGGUUCCCGUCUCAUGGCUUCUCUCAGGAAGCUCUCUCCUUUCCCCGUUCGUUUUGCUGGUGUUGGCGGCUCCAUGAUGUCCAAGCAAGGAUUGAAAUCUUUAUUCCCAAUGGAAGAUAUAUCUGUGAUGGGAAUAUGGGAAUUGUUGCCACAUUUAUAUAAGUUCAGGGUUAGGUUGGAGGAAACAGUUGAGGCUGCAUUAUCAUUCAAACCCCAUGUUAUAGUGACUGUGGAUGCUAAGGGUUUUUCAUUUCGACUGCUUAAGAAGAUAAGAAGGGGUUCUCUUUUAGCUAGAAAUAGUCGGAAGGGAUUUCCUGCUCCUCCUCUGCACUUCCAUUACGUGGCUCCUUCAUUUUGGGCAUGGAAAGGGGGUGAAUCGAGACUACGAGGGCUUUCUGAAUUCGUGGAUCAUGUAUUAUGUAUACUUCCUUUCGAGGAAGAAGUUUGCAGAUUGAAUGGAUUGGCUGCAACAUUUGUUGGACAUCCUGUACUUGAAGAUGCUUUAGAGGCUGCAAAUGAAACAGAAGACGGAAUAAAGAUGAAAGGAAAUUCUGAAGAGUUUAGAAAUCAAUAUGGCUUAUCUACAGGAGCAACAAUCGUUAGCUUGCUUCCAGGAAGCAGAUUACAGGAGGUAACCCGCAUGCUUCCCAUCUUCUUGAAUACAAUGGAGCUUUUAAAGGAGUCGUGUCCUUCUGAUCUAUUGACUGCAGCAAUUCAUGUGGCACCCAAUAAGCAUGUGGAAGACUACAUUGCCAGUUAUUCACACAAAUUGAAUUUACCCGUCGUUCUGAUUCCAGGCGGAUCAUCAAACAUGAGAUAUGAUGCUUUCAGUGCCAGCAGAAUGGCCUUAUGUACUUCGGGAACAGUAGCAGUGGAGUUGCAGCUAGCACGUGUACCUUGUCUGGUAGCCUAUCGAGCCCAUUUGUUAACCGAAUAUUUGAUACGCUAUAAAGCGAAAGUACAAUACAUAUCUCUUCCCAAUAUUCUUUUGGAUGAACCCGUCCUUCCUGAAGUCCUUUUCCAUGCAUGCACGCCUUCAAAUCUAGCUUCAAUUGUCAGGUAACAUCUUAAACGCUUAUGGUUUGACGAUUCAGAUCAUUUUUAACUGUCAGAUUACGUUUUCAGGGAAGUAAUGUACAAUGAGGGUGUGCGGAAUGUUCAAGUUGCCGCGGCUGAAAGAGUUAUGCGGUUGUUGUUAUCACGACCCGGAGGAAAUGAGAAAUUGACAUCAUUAUCAAAUGAUUAUAAACCUAGUACAAUCGCAGCAUUUACCAUUCUGUACUCUCCCAGGAAAUAAUUAAUCUCCAAAAUUUUGAAUUAGAAGGGCUUCUUGUACAUCCAGCAAGUAAGUGUCCUUUCUAUGUGUUGAAUUGAAAUAUUUAAAAUUGUAUGUCUAAACUUGCAUGAGAAAAUCAAUAAUUUUUUUUAAUGAAAUAGUAACACUAAUAAUGUUCACCCAUAUUCUAGUGGAGCAUGUUUAUCUA